AUGAACCUCCGAUACGAUAGACAGGUGGUGGUCGUUACUGGGGCUGGCUCUGGGCUGGGCAAAGCCUACGCCAAAUUCUUCGCUGCCAGAGGCGCCAGUGUCGUAGUUAAUGACCUUGGAACAUCUUUGAGAGGUGUCGGACAGGGUUCUAAGGCAAGAGGCACUUUGACUCUCUUGGCAUGUUUUGCUGCUAACCUCCGUAAAACACAGAGCGCGGAUGCAGUUGUCAGCGAGAUUGUUGCCGAGGGCAGUAACGCGGUAGCAGAUCAUCACUCGGUUGAGGACGGCGCCGCUAUAGUUCAAACGGCGAUUUCCUCCUUUGGCCGUAUUGAUAUUCUCAUCAAUAACGCUGGAAUCCUGCGUGAUGUGAGCUUCAAAAACAUGACAGAUGCCGAUUGGGACUCGGUCCAGGCAGUUCACAUGAGAGGUGUGUAUAAGACGACACAGGCUGCAUGGAUUCACUUCCGCAAACAGAAGUUUGGAAGAGUCAUAUUGACCUCAUCGGCUGCUGGGCUGUACGGCAACUUCGGUCAGUGCAACUAUGCUGCUGCAAAAUCCGGGAUGAUUGGUCUCGGCGAGACUCUGGCCAAGGAAGGGUUGAAAUACAAUAUCUUGACAAACAUCAUUGCUCCGGUGGCUGCUAGUCGCAUGACAGCCACCGUGAUGCCACCGGACCUACUUCAACAUCUGACACCAGAAUGGGUAGUGCCACUAGUCGCGGUCCUUAGUCACCAAAGCAACACAUCCGAGAAUGGUUCCAUUUUCGAGGUCGGUGCAGGACACGUUUCGAAGAUUCGAUGGGAGAGAUCGAAAGGAGCCAUUCUCAGGUGCGAUGAGACAUUGACACCAGGGGCUGUGCUUGGGAAAUGGGAUGAAAUCAACGACUUCACAAACCCCGACUAUCCUACCACUACCGCCAACUUAGUCGAGCUUCUGAAGCACGCACAGAACCUUCCACCUAAUAGACAGCAGGACGAGGUGGAGGUGCUGGCCAAACUCGGAGCAUCUAUUGUUGUCAAUGACUGGAAAGACCCACAGAGCGUUGUCAACGAAAUCAAAUCGCUGGGCGGAGUGGCUGUUCCGGACAAUCACUCGGUAGAAGACGGUGACGCUGUUAUCGAUACUGCGAUCCGUGCCUUUGGGAGGAUCGACAUAUUGAUCAACAACGCGGGUAUACUAAGAGACAAAGCCUUCCAAAAUAUGACGGACAAGAUGUGGGACGAUGUGAACAAUAUCCAUCUGCGAGCAACCUACAAGUGUGCGCGAGCAGCAUAUCCCUACAUGGUUAAGCAGAAGUACGGCCGCAUCGUGAACACAACGAGUACGAGCGGAACCUACGGGAAUUACGGGCAGGCAAACUAUGCCGCAGCAAAAACAGCAAUUGUAGGCUUCUCCAGAGCCUUGGCCAUAGAAGGUCGAAAGAACAAUAUUGUGGUUAAUUGCAUCUCGCCAUCAGCCGGUACCAACCUUACGAAGGGAGUGCUCCCAGAAGAGGUAGUAAGAUCUCGCAAGCCGGAAUAUGUAGCGGCGAUGGUGCUGCUCCUUUCAUCCGACAAGGUUCCUAGUGAUGCCAGCGGCACGAUCUUCGAGGCUGGUUGUGGCUGGCAGGCAGUGACGAGAUAUCAACGAUCAGAUGGCUACGACUUCCCAGUCGACAGUCCUCUUACUCCGGAGCUUCUGCUUGAGAAGUGGAGAGACAUAGUCUCAUUCACUCCUGGAAAGACGUCUACCCCUACCAAUGCUGCGGAUACUCGCCAACGGAUUAUGGCAAACAUUGCUAGAUUGGACAAGUCCUCGUCAGGGAGCCAGCGCUGGCUCAAGGCUAUUGAAAAGGCAAAGAAUGCGAAGACUCAGCCAACUGAAAUGAGCUUUGUUGACAAAGACAUUAUACUGUACAACUUAUCCAUUGGAGCCAGCAUAUCACAGCUUCCCUGGGUAUUCGAAAAGCACCCCGACUUUGAGGUCAUCCCAUCUUUUGGUGUCAUUCCAGGCACGACCGCAGCCAGACCGUUCGAUCUUAAGGAUCUGGUGCCGAACUUCUCCUACAAGAGACUGCUACACGGGGAGCAUUACCUUGAGAUCCACAGGUUUCCCAUCCCCGCUGUAGGGACAUUUGUAUCUGAGAGCAAACUCAUCGAUAUUCUGGAUAAGGGCAAAGCUGCGGUAGCAAUUAUCGGCACUGCAACUUGCGACAAGACUACCGGGGAGAAAAUAUUCUACAAUGAGCUGACUCUUUUCCUACGUGGUGCUGGUGGCUUCGGCGGUAGCCCCACCAGGAGCGACAGAAACAAAGGCACAGCUGUACAUGCCAUUCCCGAGGGCGAGCCUGAUCAGGUGGUAGAAGAGAAGACAUCGCGCGAUCAAGCAGCUUUAUACCGCCUGAACGGAGACAGAAACCCGCUGCACAUAGAUCCGACAGCCAGCGCCGCAGGAGGGUUCGAAACACCCAUUCUCCACGGCCUUUGCUCAUUUGGUAUCGCUACUAAGCAUGUCGUUUCGACUUACGGCCCCAUUUUCAGUAUCAAGGUUCGGUUCGCGGGCACCAUAGAGCCUGGGCAAUCGCUCAAGACCAAAAUGUGGCUUCAGGGUAAGGAUGUUAUUUUUGAGACCGAGGUCAAGGAGACUGGCAAGGUUUGUCUUGCUGGGGGAGUUGCGGUUCUGCGUGGUCUGGCCAAGACUCACUUGUAG